AUCUUUGGCAUUCCAAUGGGCGUGUCUGUAUAUCGUCUACAAAACUUUAAUUCUGGUGGCCUCAACGCUGAGAGCGGCGCCAAAUCUCCCAUGAGCAACGCGAACGGAUUUUGUGAGAGGGAAAUGACUAGGAGGCAACAGAAGAAAUACUUAAUCGUAAUUUUAGGAUAUUCUGUAUUACUUCUGUUAAUUCCGUAUAUGCUUGACUAUCGGAGUAAAUCAGCGCAUAUUAUUAAACAUGGACCGCAACAGCGAAGGUGUCCAGACUUGGAGAUGUGGAAUAACGGAGACCAGUUCAACAACAAUACGGACACCACGGAGGAGACGGGAGUCAACCGGAGCCUCUCUAAAAAGACGCACAUUUAUUUACAUGCUACCUGGAGGACUGGCUCUUCGUUCUUAGGGGAGCUAUUCAACCAACAUCCUGAUGUAUUCUAUCUCUAUGAGCCAAUGUGGCAUAUAUGGCAAGCUCUAUAUCCCGGGGACGCAGCCAGUCUGCAAGGAGCAGUGCGUGAUAUGAUGGAAGCAUUAUUCCGAUGUGACUUCUCCGUUUUGAAACUAUACGCAGGGACCCAGAACAUCUCCACGGCUUUUAUAUUCGGAUGGAAAAUGAACAAAGUGAUCUGCUCGGAACCUCUGUGCGAUGGCCACAAGAGAAAUGAAGUGGGUUUAGUUAAGGAAGACGUCUGUGGACAGUGUAAACGGAAAGAUAUUAAGGAGUUGGAGAGGGAGUGCAAGAAGUACCCUGUGGUGGUAAUCAAAGGCGUGCGGGUUCUAGAUAUCGGUGUACUCGUCCCGUUAGUGAAAGAUCCUGCUAUAAAUCUCCAUGUCAUUCAGUUGUUCAGAGACCCUAGAGCUGUACACAACUCACGACUGAAGUCGAAACAGGCUCUAGUCAAAGAAAGCAUACAGGUACUGAGGAGUAAAAAACAUACGGAGAAAUAUAAACGACUAUUGGUGCCGAACAACAGGGGGAACAGGGCUGAUAGUUAUGUUUCUAGCGCUAUGGAGCUCAUAUGUGACAACUGGCUGAACGAUAUAAUGCUGAUCAUAAACGCGCCGUACUGGGUAAAGCGGAAUUACAUGAAGAUCCGCUACGAAGACCUAGUUUUACACCCCAUGGAGGAACUCCAGAGGCUCUAUCGCUUCUCAAACCUCUCCUCGUUCCUGGCCAUGGAUAAGUUUGUGUUGAACAUGACGCACGGCAACGGCUACUCUUCAGACAAACCGUUUCUCAUAUCGUCCAGAGACGCUAAAGAAGCCAUCUUCGCGUGGAGAGAACGGUUAAACGUCGAGCAGAUCGGUGAAGUGGAAGCCUACUGCAGUGAAGUCAUGAGACAACUGGGCUAUCAGAAGAACAAUUUGGAUGAGACAUAACAGAAAUGAUUUAGAUGAUAGAGGGCAUAGCAGAGGUACUCCAGGAAUUCCACUCCAUCAACACAAGCAGUGAACAUCUAGAAUUCACGCUUACCUUUGAUGCACAUGGAACAAGUUUUCUGGACAUUUUGGAUGAACGCUUCAGCGAACUGGGUUACACUGAUAAAUGGCUGUGAGGCAUAGAAAUAUGACCUAGGACGUCAACCCAAACCAUUUCCUCACAGCAACCGACGAGUCCUGUGCGUCUUUCGUCACUACCCACUACACGAACAGUACAGCCAUGUCAGAAAAAAACAAACACUGGCACGUCUUGAAUGCUGACCGACAACUGGAAAAUACAGUGGAUAUAAAAAGUAUACACACCCCUGUUAAAAUGCCAGGUUCUUGAGACGUAAAAGAAUGAGACAAAGAUGAUUCUUGUCAGACAUUUUCCACCUUAAAUGUGACCUAUAACAUGAACAAUUCAAUUGAAAAAAAAAAAUAUAUAUAUAUUUAAAAUAACAAUA